AUGGAGGAACAAGCUGUACUUACACAAAGUCAUCUGAUAAGGCCCACUCAAGAAGUGAAAGAUGAUUGGUACCACUGGAAGAACUACCAAUAUGUAUUGGCCUUUCUCUUUGCCAUUGAGGAGAUCAAUAAGAGCCCCCAUUUGCUACUGAACCUUUCUCUGGGUUAUGAUCUCUACAAUGCAUUUACCAGUGACAAAAGGACUUUACAAAAUGUUCUGAUUUUGCUCACUGGAGGGAAUCAGCCCCUGCCAAACUACAAUUGCCAGACACAGAAACAACCUGUCGCUAUCAUUGCAGGAAACAUGCCAACAUUUUCAGCUGAAGUUGGAACCCUUUUGGAACUCUACAAAAGCCCACAGGUCACAUAUGGUCCUUAUGACCCCAUCCUAAGUGAUAAAAACCAAUUUCCAUCAGUUUAUCAGAUGGCCACCAAGGACAGCUCUCUGACUCAUGGAAUCAUCUGCUUGUUGCUGCAUUUUGGCUGGACGUGGGUGGCACUCUAUGUAUCUGAUGAUAUGCAAGGGGAGCAGUUCCUUCAGGAUGUAAAGGAACUUCAUCCAUUUCUGAAGAACAGCCAAUUGACAAAUAGCAUUGGGUACAACAUGACCCUGGAUGAAGAAAUAUAUACAAUACAGUAUGAUAUGCACAACCUUGUGAGAUUUCCUGAUCACAGUUGGCUGUUUGUUAAAGUAGGAGACUUUAUCUACAGGAAUUCCCAGGAUCAAGGUUUGGUCAUCAGAGAAGAGAUGAUAAACUGGUCUAUUAGUUUCAAAGAGGAGUCUGUGUGUAGUCACAGCUGUAUUCCUGGAUUCCAGAAAAUUCCCCAAGAAGGAAGACCUGUUUGCUGCUUUAUUUGUGCUUCUUGCCCAGAGUCAUCUAUUUCAAAUCAAACAAAUGCAAAGCAGUGUAUCCAGUGCCAAGCUCAGGAGUAUCCAAACAGUGAAAAAACUCACUGCCUUCCCAAGCCUGUGACUUUCCUGGCUUUUGAGGAUGCUUUGGGGACAUCCACGGCCUGCAUGGCUCUGUGCUUCUUUUUCAUCACAGUCAUAAUUUUUGGGGUCUUUGUGAAGCACCGAGACACUCCUAUUGUCAAGGCCAACAACCAGGCUCUCACCUUUGUUCUGCUCAUAUCCCUCCUGCCAUGCUUCCUCUGCUCCUUGCUUUUCAUUGGCCAUCCUAACACAACCACUUGUGUCCUCCAAGUCACAUUUGGCAUUGUGUUCACUGUGGUUGUUUCCACUGUUCUGGCCAAAACAAUUACUGUGAUUCUGGCAUUCAAUGCUGUGAAACCUGGAAGAACAAUGAGGUGCUUGCUCCUCUCAGGGGCUUCUAACUCUGUCAUUCCCAUUUGCUCCCUGAUCCAAAUUAUUAUCUCUGGAAUCUGGUUGAGAACCUCUCCCCCUUUUGUUGACAUAGACUCACAUUCUGAGCCCAGAAACUUCAUCAUUGUGUGCAACAAGGGCUCAGUGACUGCUUUCUACUGUGUCCUGGGCUACUUGGGCUUCUUGGCUCUGGGGAGUUUCACUGUGGCUUUCCUGACCAGGAACCUGCCUGAUACAUUCAAUGAAGCCAAGUUCAUCACAUUCAGCAUGCUGGUGUUCUGCAGUGUCUGGGUCACAUUUGUCCCUGUCUAUCACAGCACCAAGGGGAAGUUUAUGGUGGCCAUGGAAGCCUUCUCCAUCUUAGCCUCUAGUGCAGGGCUCCUAGGCUGCAUCUUUGUUCCCAAGUGCUACAUUAUUCUGAUAAGGCCUGAUGAGAACUCCUGGAAAGCUUUAAAAAACAGAAUGGGUUCCAAAUAA